AUGUUGCAAUGUGGGUAUUUUGCGGCCGGCCGGGAAGUUGUCCAGAUAUCCGGCAGUCAGUUUUCCAGUUCCGUUCUUGUCGACAGUGGAAUCAAGAUUCGUAAGUCUGAAUGUGGGACAUGGGCGUCUUCUAGGAACAGGUGUUUUUCGGAAGUACUAGGAUUAAUGAUGACUAAACGAUCUUGUACAACUAUGUAUGACUGGUUAACUAGCAGCGAAAAAGAUCGAAAAGAUGGCGAAAAUGGGGAACGCGUUCGAUGGUAUUGUGUUGGCAAAGAUCUUAUAGUCCUUGAUUUCGGUAGCACUAAUCACUGUGCAGAUGUAGCAGCUUUUGAUUUUGAUGGCACCGUGGUAGUAACGAAAUCAGGCAAGACAUUUCCUGAAAGUGAAUAUGACUGGCAGUUUUUCUGCGAAUCCGUACCACAAACAUUAGCCGAAAUUGCUGAAAAGAAUUUCAAAGUGGUGAUCUUUACAAAUCAGCGAGGUAUACUAACGGGCUCUCAAGAUUGUGAUGCUUUCUGCAGAAAAGUGGAGAAAGUGUGUCAACAAAUCAAGCUUCCCAUACAGGUAUUUGUUUCUCUGGGAACACUGCAUUACCGUAAGCCAUAUGUUGGUAUGUGGAAUUACUUUGAAAGCCAUGGAAAUGGCGGUAUUUCAAUCAAUCGCCAGUCAUCAUUUUAUGUUGGUGAUGCUGCAGGUCGCAUACAAACGAAUAUUCGAAAAAAAAAGGAUCAUUCAGCUGCUGAUCGCUUAUUUGCUUUGAAUUUUGGUAUUAACUUUUUCACACCAGAACAAUAUUUCUUGAAGCAGAUAGAAGUUGAGGAUUAUAUAUUACCGUCUUUUUCACCAUCAUCUCUGUUGGAUCAAAAAGUUAGCUUGUAUGAUCCAGAAAAUACUCCAAUACCAGGUAAUGGUUUGGAAGUACUCAUAUUCGUUGGCUAUCCUGGGUGUGGUAAAAGUAGUCUUGCUCAAAAAUUAGCUGUAGAACACGGAUAUGGUAUAGUGAAUCGAGACACAUUGAAGACGUGGCAGAAAUGUGUUGAGAAUGCAAAAAUUCUUUUGAAACGGCAGCAAAAUGUUAUUGUCGAUAAUACUAAUGCUGACAGAGAAUCGAGAAAACGAUAUAUCAAUCUUGGUAAAUCAUUUGGAGCUGAUUUGCGGUGCUUUUUGUUCAAUUGUACAUUAGAACAAGCAGCACAUAAUUGUAAAUAUCGUGUCAUUGUUGAUGCUGAAGAAAAACAAAUUGAAGUUGGCCAAAUGAUACUUAAUGGUUACAAAAAAAAAUUUGAGGAACCGAAAUUAUCGGAAGGAUUCUCAUCAAUCGUUAAAGUAAAUUUCGUACCGGAAUUUGAUUGUCGUGAGCACGAAGCAAUAUAUCGGAUGUAUUUAUGUGAUUCCUGA